AAGGGUCUAAGGGCUUACUCUUAUAUUCCUACUUUCCCGUCGUACUUUUUUUUGGUACGAGGUUUUCCUUCUGAUCCUUCAGAUUCUUCUCAUUUUAUAAACCACAUAACUGGUCUCGGAUGAUUUUUGGCCACCUACCUAACUGUACACCUCCAUUGACAAUCUAGGUGGUCUCUCAUCCGUCACCAUGUCCAUCAAACGUGCUUUGUCUAAAAUCAAGCCCAAGGCCGAUGACGAUUCGAACAAAAUAACCCUAACUCAUGGGUCCCCCUCGCCGCGUCGCAGCAUCUUCAGCAGCUUCUUACGCGAUCGCGAUUAUGUUUCUUCCUCUGACGAUGUCUCCGACGAUUCUGGCACGGGUUCUCUGAGCAAAAACCAGCAGAAGCGCUUGGCUCGCGAACAGCGUCGAAAACAUCGUAGUCGACUCAGCGAGGAACAACAAUCGGAUGACUCCGAGCGGCGCCACAAGGAAGAGAUCGCACAGGCGGCUCGCGAAGAGACAGCCGGAAUGAAGGCUCGCUAUGGAGAGCUGCCCAUGCUUCAGUCCACUAGUCGUCCGCGAGAACCCCGGAUUCGUCUGGAGGAUAUCUCUUCGAGCAGUGUCGGCCAGGAGAUCUUCUUCACAGCCCGCCUACACAUUAUACGCCGGAUGAGCUCGAAGCUAGUCUUCCUCAUCUUCCGUCAGCGGCUCACUACCUUUCAAGGUGUCCUUCACGAGAAACCUGGGGCCAAGUCCAUUGCGAUGAUUCAGUGGGCUGAACAUUUACGCCUGGGUUCCAUCGUCCGCGUGCGCGGCAUUGUUCAAGCGCCCCAGGUGCCGGUGCUGGGCUGCUCUAUUCAUGACGUCGAGCUUGAUGUCGAACAGAUUCACCUCGUCGUCCACCGCGAGGAACCGGUUCCCUUUAGCGUCUACGAGGCCGAAAUUCGCACCGCAGAGGAGGACAGGGUAGAAGGCCGCCGCAGUCACUUACCGGACCGUACACGGCUUAACAACCGUAUCUUGGACUUGCGCACUCCGACGUCGCAAUCCAUCUUCCGCCUUCAGUCUGCGCUCUGCAAUAUCUUCCGAUCCUCCCUUGACGAGCAAGGGUUCAUAGAGAUCCACACCCCCAAGCUGCAAGGCAGUGCCACCGAGUCCGGUGCCAGUGUCUUUCAAGUCAACUAUUUCGGUCGCGAUGCUUUCUUGGCCCAGAGUCCCCAGCUCGCCAAGCAGAUGGCUAUCGCGGCCGACUUUGAGCGAGUGUACGAGAUCGGCGCUGUGUUCCGGGCCGAGAACUCCAACACUCACCGCCAUCUGACAGAGUACACGGGUCUCGAUAUCGAGAUGGCGAUCGAGGAGCAUUAUCACGAGAUGUUGGACGUUUUGGAUGCAGUGAUCAAGAACAUGCUGAAGGGCGUCUAUGGCCGCUACCGCCGCGAGAUCGAGAUUGUCAAGCAUCAGUUCCCCUCGGAGGACGUUGUGUGGCUGGAAGAGACACCCAUCAUUCGAUUCUCGGAUGGUAUCAAGAUGCUCAACGAGUCCGGAUGGCGUGAUGAGGAUGGCAACCCACUGCCUGAUGACGAUGACCUGCAUACCCGAGACGAGAUACGGUUGGGUGAGCUUGUCAAGGAGAAGUACGGGACCGAUUACUACAUUCUUGACAAGUUUCCGGUCGCAGCUCGUCCGUUUUAUGCAAUGCCCGAUCCCGAAGACCCGCGCUUCACCAACUCCUUUGAUAUCUUCAUUCGAGGCCAGGAGAUUGUCUCUGGCGGGCAGCGUAUCCACGACCCACGUAUGCUGGAGGAAAACAUGCGCCGCUCGGGCAUCAAUCCGGACAUGAUGGAGGAUUACUUGGAGGGUUUCCGCUGGGGCGCUCCUCCGCACGCUGGAGCCGGUGUUGGUCUGGAGCGGUUGCUGAUGCUUCUUCUCAAAUUGGGCAACAUCCGUCUCGCGUCGCUCUUCCAUCGGGACCCCAAGAGUUUCCCGCCUAAGCCCCCGGCUUUACUGCUUCGUCAUCCCGAAUCGUCCACUAUUGAGCCACCGUGGCAACGGGAGGGUCGCGGAUCGCUUGCGAAGGACGAAAGCGAGUUGCAGCCAUUGGAGCACCUGAUCGCCAACUACGGAGAUGCCACGUCCACCUCAUGGGGUGACGAGCGUUUCAAGAUCUGGCGAGACAUGGCCACCGGCGCCGCCGUCUCAUACGUCCCUAGCAGCAGCAACUAUGCGGUGAUUCCCGGCAACCCUCUAUGUGAUCCCUCGCAGUACAACCGUGUCAUCACGCAGUUCCUGCAGUGGAUGCGACGUGAGACCAAGUACAAACCUAUCUGGCUUCUUUGCUCUCCAGAAGUCGAGACUAUCCUGGGCGAGAAGCUCGGAUGGCGCAGCUUGUCCUGCAUUGCUGAGGAGCGUGUGGAUCCGUCCCGCAACCAGGCCGCCUCCGAUGGCGAGAUUGCACGGAAGAUCAGGCGCGCGGAGAACGAGGGCAUCAAGAUCGUUGAGAUGAAGUACGGCGAGAUGGUUCCCGACGACGCCCGGGAGAAGAUUGAUGCACGGAUCCAGGAUUGGCUGGCGAAUCGUAAGGGCACUCAGGUGCAUCUGUCUGAGAUCCAUCCUUGGCGUGAUUCGGAGCACCGCUGGUACUUCUACGCUGUUGACAAGUCCGGCACCGUCUGUGCCUUUGUCGCCUUGGCCAUGCUGUCUCCUCAUUUCGGCAUGCAGGUCAAGUAUAGCUUCGACUUUCCAGGCUCUCCCAACGGCGUCAUUGAGUACAUCGUGACCCAUGCCAUCCAAACAGCUGCCAGGGGUGGCACCAAGUCACUCACUUUCGGAGCCGGUGCAACUACGACCCUGACGCCCGGUCAUAACCUGCAUGGAGCCAAGAUCAAGAUGCUCCAGCACACUUAUGAGACUCUGGCCAAGCAGUUCCAUCUUGUGCGCAAGAGUGAAUUCAGGGCCAAGCUGGGUGCUCAUGAUGAACCUCUCUACAUCGCAUACCCACCGCACGGACUGGGUUCCAGGGGUAUUCGGGCCGUUCUUCACUUCUUUGAAGACUAGAGUGGCGGAUGUACCAAGCCCCACCUGUCAAUCAAGCUCAUGCUCAAAUAUAAUUACGAGGAAUGUUGUGAUACGAUUUGUGGAUACGAUGGAUGCACAUAUGACAUAUUUCCAGCAGUAGACUUUUGGUUCGAGGCGAGACAUUUCUGAAAUGAUCUAGAACCAUUCAUGUGCCUAAUAAUUUUCAUGCUGCUUCAGGACCCAUUUUUGUUGAUGCCCUUUUAUUCCCCCUGAUGUCUGUGAUUUAUCAUUUUCUACAUAUUUUGCUCUGUCCAGUUAUACUUGUCCCAUAAUACAAUCCACUACUGCAAAGUUUAUCAACUCCAACCGUGAUUCGAAAAAAUAAUGCCGUACAGUGACAGUGAGGUACAAAG